AUAAAACACAGUUCACUCGCCCCCACGGUUAUCGGAGAAGAACAUAAUCAUUACAUUAAAACAUGGCUCCUCCUCGUUUGACGCUGGUCCUGUCCCUCUUGGCCGUGGUUCUGAUCACCUGCGCCGCUUCGAGCUUCGAUGAGUCCAACCCCAUCCGGUUGGUCCCCGACGGCCUCCGUGAACUGGAGGACCAGGUCGUCCAAGUCCUCGGCCGGGUUUGCCACGUCCGCUCCUUUGCUCGGUUUGCUUACAGGUACGAGAAGAGGUACGAGAGCGUGGAGGAGAUGAGGCGGCGAUUCGAGAUUUUCGCCGAGAACAAGAAGCUGAUUCGAUCCACCAACAGGAAGGGCUUGUCUUACAAGCUCGGUGUUAACCGCUUUGCUGAUUGGACUUGGGAAGAGUUCCAGAGGCAUAGGUUGGGGGCUGCUCAGAACUGCUCUGCCACUACUAAGGGCAACCACAAGCUCACCGACGCUGUUCCACCUCUCACGAAAAACUGGAGAGACGAAGGCAUAGUCACCCCAGUUAAAGACCAAGGCCACUGUGGAUCUUGCUGGACAUUCAGUACCACUGGAGCUCUUGAGGCAGCUUAUGUACAAGCAUUUGGCAAGCAAAUCUCUCUGUCCGAACAGCAGCUUGUGGAUUGUGCUGGAGCUUUCAACAACUUUGGGUGCAGCGGUGGGUUGCCAUCUCAAGCCUUUGAGUACAUCAAAUACAACGGCGGUCUUGACACCGAGCAAGCAUAUCCCUACACCGCAGUAGAUGGUGCCUGUAAAUUUUCAUCUGAAAAUGUCGGUGUCCAAGUCCUCGACUCUGUCAAUAUUACCCUGAAUGAUGAGGAAGAAUUGAAGCACGCAGUUGCAUUUGUUAGGCCUGUCAGCGUAGCAUUCCAGGUGGUCCAAGAUUUCCGAUUGUACAAGUCGGGAGUUUACACCAGUGAGACAUGCGGCAACACUCCCAUGGAUGUGAACCAUGCUGUUCUUGCUGUUGGAUAUGGAGUGGAAAACGGUGUCCCAUACUGGCUUAUUAAGAACUCCUGGGGGCAAAGCUGGGGUGACAAUGGCUACUUCAAGAUGGAGUAUGGGAAGAACAUGUGUGGUAUUGCAACUUGUGCUUCCUACCCGGUUGUCGCUUAAGUCUCUUCUCAGAAGCAAUGGUGAUCUUUAUGUGGAUAAUAUGUAAUACAAGAAUCAUCUUGUUUCAGUCUUGGAUUUAGUAGGGCUCCAACUUUAAGGUGAAGAAAGGCCACGAUGUUGUGGUGAUUGUAAUGUUUCUCUUGAUGCAUAGAAUAAGUUCAGAUUGUACUUAUGGCCAUUGUAAUGCAAACAGCAAAGAUCUUGUUUAAUUCUCUCAAAUGGCGACGCCAAAACAUUAUCAAUAGUACAGUUUUAAUACUUAAUGUUA